AUGCACACCAUAUUCGCUACUUUAAUAGCUUUGGCCAUAACUGCCACUGGUUUGGCAGUCGAUAAACGCGCUGCGCUUGACGACUGCUUGACAGACGCGGGUGUACCCACCGAUACUCAAGGGUCAGAUGACUGGAAACAGGAUGUCGCCCCUUAUAACCUUCGCCUUCAAUUCAAACCGAUCGCCAUUGCUGUGCCGACAACCACCAAACACAUUCAGGAUGCAGUUGCUUGUGCUGUUAGAGCUGGCGUGAAGACCAAUCCAAAAUGUGGUGGACAUAGUUACGCCUCGUUCGGACUGGGAGGCGAGGACGGCCACCUCACAAUCGAGAUGGACCGGAUGAGCAAGGUGGUAUUAAAUAACAUAACUGGGAUUGCCACAAUAGAAGGCGGUUCCAGACUCGGCCAUGUUGCUGCAGAAUUGUACGCUCAGGGGAAGAGAGCAUUCAGCCAUGGGACUUGUCCAGGCGUCGGAGUCGGAGGACAUUCGCUUCACGGUGGAUAUGGUGUGAGCUCACAUACCAAGGGUCUGGCUUUGGACUGGAUGGUUGAAGCAACAGUUGUGCUAGCAAACUCCACGGUCGUAACUUGCUCAGAGACGGAGAAUCCCGAGCUAUUCUGGGCAAUACGUGGUGCUGGAUCGUCAAUGGGAGUUGUGGCCUCCUUCAAAUUCAAAACUUUCCAGGUCCCGGAUCAAGUGACCUUUUUUGCCGCCCCCAUUAGAUGGGCGACUCAGGACAAAGCGGCAGCAGGACUGAAGGCCAUUCAGCAAUACGUCGAGAACGAUAUGCCCAACGAGCUCAACAUGCGUCUCUUCGUGCAACGAUCGUUCACUAAUUUGGAAGGGAUGUAUUAUGGAGACAAAGCUGGCCUUCAGACCGCCCUACAAUCGCUUCUCAAUAAGACUGGCUCGGCUUUGGCCCUCACACAGACUGGGAGCUGGACCGACCAACUGAGUCAUUUCGGAAACGGUAUCUCUCUAAACCAAACACAUCCCUAUGAUAUGCACGAGACCUUCUACUCCUCAAGCUUAUAUACUCAAGCACUCUCGGAUGAGCAGAUUCAAGGAUUUGUCAGCUACUGGUUCUCCCUCGGCAAGACCAACACCCGGGACUGGUAUGCACAGUUCGAUUUCCAUGGAGGCAAGACUUCUGCCAUUGCAAACGUGUCAGUUGACGCGACGGCAUACGCCCACAGAGACUAUCUAUACAUGAUCAACUGCUGGGGGCAAUACAUCAACUACCCAGACCCGAACCUUGACCAGACUACAGCACAAAAUGUAUAUUGGGGAACUCAUUUGAGCAGGUUGCAGAGAAUCAAGGCUGCGGUGGAUCCACAGGAUGUUUUCCACUACCCUCAGGGUAUUUUGCCAGCAAAGGCUUGA